AUGUCAGCUGAGACGGUGGAGACAAGGAAGAAAGAACUCCCUUCCUUCCUGAAGAAAUGGCUUUCUGUUGUUGACUACAUAUCUGAAAGAUUUUUGGGUGGCCCGUGUGUAGUCAAAGUUUCACACGUUAUUAACGUGCAGAAGGGGGGCACAUUGUUGGUGUGUCUCUUGAUGAUGAAAAACUCGGGUAACUACUCUGCAACAGCGACAACGUACACCGCCCUUCACGGUGGAUACGGCCUCUGCUGGCUGUUAAAGGAGCUUAUAUUCCCCGACCCCAAAUGGCAGAAGCACAUCACACUGGGGAGUGCCAUCGCCAUCUUUACCUCCGUCCUUGGACCCUACUGGUACAUUGCAUACAACGCAAUUAUGAAAAAUGCAGAGCGCUCUAACACAUCGCUCAGCGUGGCCAUCAUUGUUUAUGCAAUCGGACUCUGUAUGAUGAUGGGCAGUGACUGUCAAAAGUACUUUAUGCUAAAAAAAGAAAAGGGCCUCAUUACUGAUGGUUUCUUUUCCCUUAUCCGUCACCCCAACUACCUGGGAGAGAUGAUAAUUUACGGUACAUUUGCUUAUGUGUCGAGGGAUGCUCGCUCUUGGGGGGUGCUGGCAUGGAUAUGGAUCGGUUUAUUUGUUCCUUUUAUGAUUCGCAAAGAGGCAAGCAUGAGCCGCUACAAGGGCUGGAAGGCCUACACGACGCGCUCAGGUUUUCUGUUGCCUAAGAUUUUUCCUUCAAAGGCGAUCGCCAAGGAUUCCUGCAGUUAA